UUAUUCUUAUCGUUAUAACUCAAGUAAAAUUUGUUAUAAUAUCCCAUUGACUUACUUUCAAAAAUGUCAAAUCAGAAUUUAAUGGAACAAUACCUAGCUGUGUGAAUGACUUUCAGCUGCAAUAAUCUCUGAAUAACAUUCAAGACUGUAGCGCAUUUCGAAAGGUACAGUCAGCUGAUUAACUUGCGUACAACUUUCACGCUGAAUUGGCCGCCACUAUUUCUGGACACCAAUUGAUUACUACACACUAUGCAAAUCAGUGCUGAUUUUUGCAGUAUUACACAAUAGAAGUGUGCUUGCAUUGCAAUUUGAGUGAAUAUGAAACGUUUAACGGGAAUAACAGUGGCUGAUGUGUUUGAAGAAAGUAUUUGAAACAAUAUUGUUAAAGAAUAAUCUGGCAGUGUUAAAUUAUUUGUUCAUAAUUUACCGUUUAUAUUGGAAUUAAUGAUUUUCAUAAUUUUUUAAAUUAUCGAUUUGUUUAAAGCGUGAGAGAAAUAUGUGGAACAUUAUUUGUUUUAUAAAAAUUAAACAACCAGCUCGAACUGUAUAGUGAAAUGAUACAGUGGUUAUGAAAGAAACCACGCAUAAUACUGAGAGAGUCGAUUUAAUGCUAAUGGCUAAAGGAAAGUUGCAGGGUUCCAACCCUAACAAUAAGACUUCAUCUUCGAAUGGUGGUUUUAAGAAUACCGAUACCUAUACUACAGAAUUUGAAAUUAAUGAAAUACCACCCAGUGCCAGAACUCUGCUCACAAAAGGAUACAUACAAGAUGAGAUCAACAAUUUUUCAGGUGCUACUGUUUCCACUCGUGGACGAUUUAUGACAGAACAAGAAAAAUUAAGAUGUCCAAACGAACAUCCAUUGUAUUUAUAUAUACAGGGUCAUACGAAACAUAAUAUUGACUUGGCCAUCGAAAAGAUCAAUGAAAUAAUAAAAACAGAACAUCAAAGCUCUCUGAAUAGACCCAGCAGAUUUACCAAUGCUCCUCCACCGCUUAUGAGCUUACAUUCAGGUGUACCUACUGUGGAGAAAAUUUGUGUAGGCAUAGAAAAUGCUCCUCAGGGUUUUGACUUGCGGGGACGUAUUAUUGGUGCUGGUGGUGCGAACUUACUGUAUAUUAGGGGUGAGACUGGGGCGACUGUGACCUUACGGGGUCGCGGUUCACAAUUUACCGACCCAGUUUUGGGUACCGAAUCGCCAGAUCCACUUCAUUUGUAUAUAGAACAUCCGAAACCAGAGGCGUUGCAAAAUGCUAAACAACUGGCAAUUAAUUUGAUCCAAACGAUGCAAUCUGAAUUGCAAUCUUAUAUACAGCAACAACCACCACCUGUUCAAUCACAACAAGUUAUGGAACAACCGCAAAUGCAGCAGAUACAACAAGCUCAAUUUCAAACAAUGAAUAUUGGAACACUGGGACAACCGAAUGUCGUUACUAUUCAACAUCAAGAUAUAAUUCAGCAUCCACAGAGUAGUGUUGUGACAUUACCAGCAACCAUACUCACAGCGACAGUGGCUGGUGCACCGGGAACAGGUGUUACGGUGCCACCUCCAGGAGUACACAUUCCAGCACAUUCAGGACCUCUAGUUUCAUCAGGUCAAACUCAGGAGAUACAAACUUUCAUGCAACCACCACCAGUUGGGCAGGUCCAAUUAAUUGGACCACCACCAGCAGUAAGCCAAGUUCAGUAUCAAAUUCAUCCUGGUCAGCCAUUACAAAUCCAAGGAAUUCAAGUUCCUCCAUCAGGUUCUCAAGCAUCGCCACAGCCCAUGACACAAAUGUACGUCAUGAGCCAACCCCCACCACACAGUCCAGCUUCGCAAAGUUUCAUCUCAAGUAGCAGUGGAUCCGUAAAUGGCGGCGCUGUUUCUUACGUUUACACGCAGCCAAAUAUACAAAGACCGCCAACACCUUCCCACGGUGUCAUUGAAACUGUCAACGUGAAUCUUCAACAGCCACCACCUUCCGCACCAUUGAACAUGACCCAACAACCACCACCGCCAUUGUUGCAUCUUCAUUUUCCACCGCCAAACUUUCCACCCAACCAACCACCUCCUCCAAUACCACAAACUUAUCAAAUACAAUAUCAACAAGUUCAGGCACCUGUUUCUCAGGCCCAAACCCAAUUUGUGUUACAACCUGGAGAACAUAUUGUACCAUCCCAAAUGCAUCAAACUCAUGAACCUCCCCCUGUCAUGUCCCACGUGAUGCCUCCACAAUUUGAGGGUCAGCCACCUCCACCACCUCCGCCACAAUUUCAUCUUCAAGUUCCACCUCCCACAAACCAAACUUUCCUGGUGCCAAGUUCUCAGUCGCCGCAGCAUCAUCAGCAGGCACCUCCACCUCCGCCGCCGCCACCACCUCCAGGUGUUGAAAUGCAACAUCCACAAGAAGUUCCUCUUGAUCAGGGUCCUCCGCCACAACCAGUACCACCACCUCAAAUGGUGCCGCCACCGUCGGUUAAUCAAAUUCAGAAUUCUAUGAAUAUUCUGACCAGUGUACCGCCACCCACGCAAGUACCUCCCCCGCAGACAGCCCCUUGGCUUUAUCAGGCGCAUCAGCAUCAACAGUUGGGACAACCCCAGGGACAGAUACAGGUGCAGCUGCCGCCAUCGAGUAUGCCUUUACAUAACGUACCUCCGCCUCAGGUCCAGGCUCAAAUACAAUAUCAUACGCAACAGAUACAAUAUCAAAAUGGUCAGAUGCAAGCGCAGGUGCAUUAUACUCUUCAGCAGCCGCAGCUGCAGUCGUUUGAACAAAAACCGGAUUCGCCUGAACAUCAAAAGUGUCAGGGUGUCAAGAGGCGAUUUUCGGAUGUCGAUGGGGCGCAGGAACUACCGCCAUAUCAAUGUGGACCACCACACGCACAACGUCAUGGUUCUGGAGAAGGUGACCGACAUCAGCAGAUCUUACAUGGUCCACCACCAGCGGGUGUGGGUCCACAUCAUGGCGAUCGAAACAAGAUGCUAAUGCCACCUCCACAUUCAGGUGACAAGCGUAGCAUGGAUCCGAAGAUGGCUAGUCAGAAUCCAGGAAACGAACAGAAUUUGGGAGGAGAUCCUGCAGGACCUCCGCCACCGCCACCUCAGGCACCAUGGCAAGCGCAUCAUCCUAGAGUCCCUUGGGGGAGGCCACCACCACCCCCACCGCCACCUCCUAGAGAGGACCAUCACAUUCUCUACCCAGCGCCACCACCUACGAAUGUUCCUCCGCCACAAAUUCGUCCCAUGAGGGUUCAAAACGAGGGUAAUCAGUCUCCUGUAGGAAUUCAAAGUCCCAUGAUGGAGUCUCAUAUGAAUGUCGAAUACAAUCAGAUGCCACCAUACAGCAUGAAACCACCUCCUUAUAAUUCGAUGCCUCUGAUGCAAUCGAUAUGUAAUCCACCUCCGCCACCUCCGCCAUAUCAUCAACAACAGAGGGCCCAGCAUCCUCAGCAAAAUAUGCAGCACUAUCAAGUUCCUAUUUCUCAAGCGUGCCAGCCGCCCACUUCUUGCCCACCGUGGAUGAAUUAAUUUUGGAAACAAUUGGCGUUGAUGAGAAACGUUGGUACCUCUUCAUAAAGACGUCCUCUUACCAUUGGCUCAGCAUUAAUCAGAAUACAGACUGAUCCUGCAGUUGGAUCAUAACUGGUAGGUGUGUUACGUGUGAAUUGUCUUUUAUUAAAAAGGAAAUUCUGAGCGAACAGUCAGCUAUUUUUCUCUAUUCACACAUUUUUUGCCUGAGCUUAGAUCUCAGAAAAAUUUGAAAUCGACAGAAGGCAUGAUCGAUUCUCUAGAACUUUGUACACUAUAUUAUUAAACUGUAUUUAUUGUAAGGUAUAAAUGAUGUAAGUUUCACAACGCGACGAUCGCUGGCGAAUCGGAUAAUCUGUUUUUGCUUGCGAAUCAACAGUGUUGAAUGUGAUUCGAGGGGGUUCGAGAAAAGAGCGUGUGACUUAUGUACAGAAUAAAUAAAAAUUUUCUUAGCGA